AUGACAUUCCAUGCUGGAGGAAUGCAGAUCUCCACUGCUUGGUUAGACUGGGUCGAUUACGGCUACCGCAUCACACCGAGUUCAUUUCACAUAUUCUAUCAAUGUGACCCCACAGCAACCAUGGACCAUAUCAUGCCUAUCGGCACAACAGACUCCCAUGAUCCUUCAAAUCAAGUUCCGGAUCGUGUGACAGCGCACAAGGUCACGGAUGAUGAAUGUAGGUUUGGACACAAUGCCUUUGUGCGCGGCUGCAUCAGUGAUCGUUAUGGCGAUGGUCCCGCCUUGUAUGUUGAUCUGGAACGAGAUGCUAUUGCACUCUCGGAAGAUGAGAUAGAGAUCUCGGUGGACAUAGACAGCAUCAUAUGGACAACAAAGGUGUUCCGAUGCAAGGGGUCUGUGGGUGUUUACGUCGUCCCUCCAUUUCAAACGAAACCAGGCAUAUACAAGCACAAUCACACCUAUGUCGAGAUCACCAUACCGCAGUCAGAAGAAGAUGCAAAUGCACCUGGUGGGAGGAUGGAAUGGCUGUCAAAACGAUUUCCCAUGUCUGCCAUCCCUCACGUCUGUAUGGGGCGCAUAUCAUCAGCUUCAUCGACACUCAAUCUAUACAUUGCAUUCCCGAGGAUGAUUCAUGAGCACCCAACAAACGGUCGGAGAAUCACUCUGAUGCCAAAGGAGGUCUUGGAUAUAUUCUGGGAUAGGGUACUGCUUCCAUCGAUUGGACAGUGCACCGAUGUCAGCUGGGCGCCCUACCUGAAACACACAUUGGAGGAGGCGCGUUACAAGGCCAGAGGUGCGGACGGGAGGAGGGGUGGAUGGGGACCUCCUAAGACCAUCCCCCUUUCAGAUGAUGACUUUUUGGAUGUGCAGAAACGCAUGGAAGCUCGCAUACGUGAUGGAGGACCUGAGCUCAGCAUGUAUGGGUCAUCUUUCUUCAUUCUGGAAGGAAAGGGAAUCAAGCUACUCACAAAGGAUGGCCAGAGAGGGCGUUUCUCAGGACCGGAAGAGGCCCUGCGUCGCAACCUGUCUGACCUUGACUGGGAAUACAUGAUGAGCCGGAGUCAUGGUGAACUGCUGGUAGAUGUGGGAGUCUCAUUCACGCCCCACUCUCCGAACGUCCCACUCGUAGGAGUGUGGCGCUUAGACGCGCUGGAAGCAUCAUUUGGAACAGGAGGCUACAAAAGAGGGGAGAUACAUCAUCACAACACGCUGUCUAGAUAUGGAGCGCUGCAGGCCGAGAUGCAACAGGAGAGAUCCCAGCAGACGCACAUCGCAUUCAGGAGCACCUACAACCUAUACUAUGAGUCGAUUCGAACGAACAGCAACCAAGUGAAUUUCGCAUCCGACAGUGACGCCUAUAAGCUGUCCCCAUCAUACAUGGCUGAAUGCACCGAAAUCGCCAAGGUCGUCGAGGGUUGCAAGGAGAAAACAUAUGGUGUCAGGGAUGAGUAUAGGGUGAGCGGACAUGCAGCCAGAAUCAUCCUGGAAAAUGUGGAAGAGAAGGCCAGAGAAUACCUGAAAUCAGAUCCAGUCCUGUGGAUCCCAUCUAAGAUCUGGUUCGAGCUUCUGAGGAGACGGGUACGGGAGAUUCAGAGGACCCAGAUAUCCAUCGUCAAAAAGAAUCCACCAAAUCUUGGCGUUCUCACUGGAGUGCUCAACCACAUGCUUCGCUCUACCACAUCAACUCCUAUCGUCUACGACUCUCAUGUCCGCGAAUCUCUUGCCCUCCUCGAGUACAGAAACAUCCUCGAAACCGCAGGAAUGUUUUUCUUGCAGGACUUCGAUAUCAAUAGCGACACCUGCCUGGAUGAGGUGCAGCAAAUUGAUGACGUGCAUGUACUGGCCCUCAUGGGCGUAAAUGCAAAGGCUCAAAGGGACCGGGCAGUGAGAAGAAUGGACGCAUGGCAAAGCACCGAGUCGGAACUGGAGGAUUAUCCUCUUGGUCGCACACCAACAUGGACUCGACUCAAGGCAGCCAUUGCCAACUCGCCUGCAAUGAUCAUGAGACCCUGGAUGUGGUCGCCCAGAUUAUCCGACACUCAACUCUCCGUCGGACGUUUGGUGGUCAUGUUCACCAGGCACAUGUGGUUGAUGCUCACGCCCGAAAUCUUCAAGGGCAUCAGACCCCAUCCAAACUCACUUCAGGAGGCCAUGAAGUGCUGGACGAUCACUAGCAUCGAUGACACUCUUGCUGCAGUCACAUUCGAAGCAUGCAAUGCCGGACUGCAUGACAGUAUGGGCAUCACUCCUGGUCGCAUGGGCCCGAAGUCGAGGCCCUUCCUGGACAGGUGCACUCUGUUCUUUCCCGACCCUGAUGCCGCCCAUAAGGACAAUACUCAGUGGUCUGGGCUGUGGGAGGGAGAUGGAUACAUCGCAGAAUUUCACAGGACGAUGAAGGCAAUGGAUGAGGAUCAGCAAGAGUUGCUGAAACAAGGAUUACGCGAGGUAUUUUCGGAUCUUCACUGUCUUCCUGCGAGCGGUGCAAGAGUGUGGAUGCAAAAGAACAAUGCCAUUGUGUUCAUGACUAAUCCCACAUUCUACAAGAUUGAUUGUAUUGGAAGGGGAGGCGAGAGUCAGAAGAGGGCCCCAAGAGCACGCCGCACGAUGAAGCUGAUCAAGGGUAAACGCAUAUUUGCAGCUGACCUCAUGGACUCUCAACCCUUCGACGCUGAUGGCAAUCUGCGGAGAAAGACAGAGAGACAGAAGCGGCGGGAAAUUCAGAAGAAAAUGACCAUGGCCAAGAAAAACAAGAGAGUCCCCCCUCCACCACGUUCACAGAGACCAUUUCCCAUGACCCCACUGGAAGAUAUUGCGGAAUGA